AUGAGAUUGGGCGCGAAUCUUGCUGCAGUGACAUUGGCCCUCGCCGUCGCCAAUGCGGCAUCCGACAGCUCGUCGAGCUCUAUGGCGCCCAUCGAGGUGCGCGGAAAUGCCUUCUUCAAGAAGGGCAGCGACAAACGGUUCUAUAUCCGUGGUGUGGACUACCAGCCUGGCGGAACGGGCGAAUUGGUGGACCCAUUGGCCGACACCGAGAUCUGCAAGCGUGAUGUGGAGAACUUCAAGGAACUCGGACUGAACGCCAUCCGCGUUUACACCGUGGACAACACGAAGGACCAUGACGAGUGUAUGAAAAUGCUUGCUGACGCAGGCAUCUAUCUCAUCCUGGACGUCAACACGCCUAAGGCGUCCAUUUCGCGGUUUAACACCGAAUGCUCGUACAAUGCGAACUACCUGCAGCACGUAUUCGCCACCGUCGAUGCGUUCCAGAAGUAUGACAACCUACUGGGGUUCUUCGCCGGAAAUGAGGUGAUCAACGACAAAGACACCACCGAGACCGCGCCAUAUGUCAAGGCAGUUGUCCGCGACAUGAAGAAGUACAUGAAGGCCAAGAAGUACAGAAAGAUCCCAGUUGGCUAUAGUGCAGCUGACGUUGCCGAGAACCGUGUGUUGGCCGCACAAUACUUCAACUGUGGUGACGAUGAAGAUGCCCGUAUCGACAUGCUUGGUGUCAAUGACUACUCUUGGUGUGGUUCGAAGACCUUCCGGACAUCUGGGUACUCAGAGAAGAUGAACUUGUACGAGGGCUACUCAGUUCCAAUCUUCCUCUCAGAGUACGGGUGUAACACGAUGCCCGGUGCUAGAGAAUUCGGUGAGGUGAGUUCCAUCUUCUCUGAGAAGAUGUCUUCCCUAUUCUCCGGUGGGCUCGCCUUCGAGUACAGUAUGGAGGGGAACAACUUUGGACUGGUUGAAAUUAAGGGCGGCAAAGUGAAGAAGCUAGAAGACUUCGAGAAUUUGAAGAAGCAGUACGCGGAAGCCAAGGACCCAGAGGGUGAUGCAGGUUACUCUAAGGACGGCAAGCCUGCUUCUUGUCCACCUUAUGAUAAGGGUACGUGGGAUGCCGACACAAAGCUUCCAGAGAUGCCCAAGGAUGCUGAGGCUUUCUUCAAGGGAAAAACGCCUAAGCCAAACUCUCUGGACCUGGAGACCCAGUCCAACUGUGGGGGCUUGAAGGACAGUGGCGAUUCAUCAGCCAAAGGAGGAUCUUCGUCCUCGGCUUCCUCGGCUUCGUCCGGCGCUACGGCGACGGCAAAGGCGGAAUCAAGCAGUAGCGCUGCUCCUGAGUCCUCGUCCAGUGCCGCCGGUGCUUAUAAUGCCGCGCGUGUCCCACUGGCUUUCUACUGGGUGCUCGGAGCAGCGUCCUACCUAAUUUGA